AUGAAUGAUGUAGAACGCAGUGACUUGUUUGAGGAGCUUAAGAAGCACGAUGUGGUUGUUGCAUAUGAAGAUGAGAACAACAAAAUGGACGCUAUCCUUAAGGACACGGAAAUCGACUAUUCCGAAGUGAAUUUAGAGGUGUCCCAAAGGCUCAAGAUAGAGUUUAUGAAACAUUUUGAAGUAGCAAAGCUCCCUGUCCUUCUGAUCAAAGGCACGCCUGUUCUUGAAAACCCUGAGAAGAAAAUACAGGAAUACAUUGAGGAAAGAAGAAAAAAAGCUCUGAGGAAAAUACAAGAUGUGAUUGACCCCAGUAAGGUUGUUCUCUUCAUAAAAGGAUCACCGGAAUAUCCGAAAUGUGGGUUUACAAGGACUCUUAUGGAUAUCUUGCUCAAGGAGGGUGUGAAAAGAGAUAAGAUUGCGUACUUUGAUGUUUUAUCAGAUGAAGAUGUUAGAAGAGAGCUCAAGAAAAUAAACAACUGGCCCACAUUCCCGCAGGUGUAUAUCGGAAACAAGUUUAUAGGAGGCCUAGACAUCGUUCGGAAGAUAUCUGAGAAAGGUAGGCUUAAGGACGAGUUGUCUGAAAUAAUCUGA